AUGGCACCGGACAAUACACCAGGCGCUGCACAGGCGCCGCCGGGCCUCUGCGGCGACGCAACGGAGGCGGCCGCCACAGCGGCCCCCGUCGCCACCACCCUCCCAUCGCCGCCGCCACCUGUCCGCCCGCUACAGCUCCCCAACGCGCAAUCAGCAUUGGGCUCCAGCUACAGCCACAGUCACAGCGUCACCUCACCCUCCACGCCCUCGUGUGGUGGUUUCGGAGCCUUGAGCGGCGCACAGCAGUACAUGGCGAGAGCGCAUGAGGAGGUGACGGUGCUGUUCGCAGUCAACGUCGCCAGCCGAAUGGAGUCCACGGGUGUACCUGGUGCCGUACACAUUUCUGCGGCCACGCGGGCCUUAUUAGGCGCCGCGGCCGACGGGUUUCUUUCCACGGGGGGAAUUCCCGUCAAGGGCAAGUUCUCUUCGGCAGUUGUUUACCGGAGAACGCUCUUAAACAGUCUCCCGAACUGGAUCAGUCUGUGUAUCGCUCUUGCCCUUCUCGCCCCAGUCAACGUCGCCAGCCGAAUGGAGUCCACGGGUGUACCUGGUGCCGUACACAUUUCUGCGGCCACGCGGGCCUUAUUAGGCGCCGCGGCCGACGGGUUUCUUUCCACGGGGGGAAUUCCCGUCAAGGGCAAGGGGUUCAUGCUCACGUACGUGUACGACCCGUGCGGCGUCGCUCCGCAGCGCUCUUAA